GGGGGCUGGGAGUCAGGACUCCUGGGUUCUAUCCCCAGCUCUGCCUCGAUCUGCUGUGCCCCGUGUAACUGCCGUGCGCCCGCCCUUGCUCCCACAGUGCAGCAUGAGUGCAUCCCACAGGCCAUCCUGGGCAUGGACGUGCUGUGCCAGGCCAAGUCGGGCAUGGGCAAGACGGCCGUCUUCGUGCUGGCCACGCUGCAGCAAAUCGAGCCGGUGGAUGGACAGGUGUCGGUGCUGGUGAUGUGCCACACGCGGGAGCUGGCGUUCCAGAUCAGCAAGGAGUACGAACGCUUCUCCAAGUACAUGCCCAGCGUCAAGGUGGGGGUGUUCUUCGGGGGCCUGUCUAUCAAGAAGGACGAGGAGGUGCUGAAGAAGAACUGCCCCCACAUCGUGGUGGGGACCCCGGGGCGCAUCCUGGCCCUGGUGCGCAACAAGAGCCUCAACCUGCGCAGCGUCAAACACUUCGUGCUGGACGAGUGCGACAAGAUGCUGGAGCAGCUUGACAUGCGGCGGGACGUGCAGGAGAUCUUCCGGCUGACGCCCCACGAGAAGCAGUGCAUGAUGUUCAGUGCCACCCUCAGCAAGGAGAUCCGACCUGUCUGCAGGAAGUUCAUGCAGGACCCCAUGGAGGUGUUCGUGGACGACGAGACCAAGCUGACGCUGCACGGCCUGCAGCAGUACUACGUCAAGCUGAAGGACAGCGAGAAGAACCGCAAGCUCUUCGACCUGCUCGACGUGCUGGAGUUCAACCAGGUGGUGAUCUUCGUCAAGUCGGUGCAGCGCUGCAUGGCACUGGCCCAGCUGCUGGUGGAGCAGAACUUCCCGGCCAUCGCCAUCCACCGGGGCAUGUCGCAGGAGGAGAGGCUGUCCCGGUACCAGCAGUUCAAGGAUUUCCAGCGCCGCAUCCUGGUGGCCACCAACCUGUUCGGGCGGGGGAUGGACAUUGAGCGUGUCAACAUCGUCUUCAACUACGACAUGCCCGAGGACUCGGACACCUACCUGCACCGGGUGGCGCGUGCCGGGCGCUUUGGCACCAAGGGCCUGGCCAUCACCUUCGUGUCGGACGAGGGCGACGCCAAGAUCCUCAACGAGGUGCAGGAUCGCUUCGAGGUGAACGUGGCUGAGCUGCCCGAGGAGAUCGACAUUUCCACGUACAUUGAACAGAGCCGAUAACCGGAUUGGACCCCCCUGCCCAGAACCAGCCCGGCUGCUCUUUUUAACCCUUUGUAAGCCAGAUCACGGGUAUUUCAUUUUUUAUGCAGUUUUUAAACCUGUAGAUGUGUGUGUAAGAGUGUCUCAAAUAAACUUUUUAUUACCAAGUG